ACGAGGCGAGCCACCUUCGCGAGGACUGCGCAAAGCGCCGACGGCUUAAGAGGACCAGCACCUAACCAGGAAGAAGUCAGCAUCAUGGGAGCCGAAAUAAACGCAGAGCAGGCGCAGCACCUGGUGUUCACGUACGGCACCCUGAAGCGUGGCCAACCAAAUCAUCACAUCCUAACGAACCACAAGAACGGCGCCGCUACGCUAGUUGGCACAGCGAGGACGCUCAAGAAAUGGCCGCUCGUCCUCGUGUCCUCGUACGAGAUACCGUGUCUGCUGCCCCGUGAGGACCUGGGCCACAAGGUAUCCGGUGAAGUGUACGCAGUCGACGACCGGAUGCUGGAGACCCUAGACUGCCUCGAGUCUCACCCGGACGUUUACGUCAGGAAGCAGGAAGACGUCGUGUUGAAAUCUUCACAGCCACAUUCCGCCAACCCUAACGCCGAGGAUAAUCCGCUGUCCGGAACAUCGCCUUCGACAGAACCCGGCGAGCGGCUAAAAACGUGGAUCUACUUCGUGCGCAAAGUAGAGAGAAAACACCUGUCGCUGCCUUUCGUGCCUUUCUACGCGCAGAGGGUCGCGUAUCCCACAUUUACAGGGGAGAAAGAAGAGUCGCUGCAGUUCUUGGACAAGGAGUUCAAACCCAUUGCCGCUGACGACAGCUGCCACAGAGAACAGGCUUGACAUUCGCGCGCCAUGCGGAAAUAACCAAGAAAAAGGAUGACGUUGAAACAACACCGGCAUAUGCCUGUGCAUUUCGAGAAACUUUUCCGCAUGCUCCCCACGGCGUAAACCGAUCCCACUUAGCAAGUGUACACAUGUAAUAGAAAACGCUCAAAAAGAUAUGUUUCAAUUUUAGUAGUAUUUAAAGCCGAUCUCUGUAUGCCGGACCUGGCCUCAUCGAUAGUAUUGUCACAUGGUCGGGAUGGUGAAGAAGGCGGCAGUCGGAUUGUCGAUCAAGGAUUAAACUGUUUAUUGAGCAAACUCGUGUCCAGGAAAUCAAAAGUCAAAGUAACAGCAAUACACGGUGUACACUGAAAGCGGUGAUCAGUCAUCGGCCGUCGGUAAUUUCAUCGUCCGCGGAACGCGUCGUCUUUUAUACAUCAGCGAUCGAAACUGCCAGCGUUAUCGCAUGGUGCUCGCGUAAGCUCCUGAAUAAACUUGACUAGUCGCGUCCUGCACGUAAUCUUAACAGAACAAUCUGAAACAAUCGCGAAGUUUCCCAAACAUUGCUGCGUGGCCUACGCCGAGCGGUGCUAACAGUUUUUGUGGAUGAAACCCGAUCACACCAAAAUAAAGAAAUAAGGGCGCGUGGCGGUAUGUUGACGUCAUGAGAGAGGGAAAAAUUCGUUGAUACCGUGCAUUAGUCAGGCUAAGAGUGAUAACGUCGAGCAUAAAUUAAAAGAUUCAGCAAUAUACAUCUGACGUAGAUUGUUGACGUCAGUAUGACAUGCGUCUAAGCGACGUAGAGAAAUACCGCGCACGUUGUCACCGCCGAAGUACGCUACGUGUGGACCGUGUCGAAAUCCUUCAAUACAUCUGCACUCUUAAAAAAAAAGAUUGUACUACUUAUUAACUUCGGUUUACUAACUUCCUGUUACUACCUUCCUGUGUCCUGUGUCGGUUUACUACCUUCCUGUGUCCCCAUCGUUUUUCGCGCUGUUUGUUUCACAAUGCUACACCAACAUGCGCAAGUUCGCUCUAUUGCAAAGGAGCCUGAUUGUUGAUGCUCGAGAAUUUGACCGUUAUAAAAACAAGCGACUCGUGAGGCGAAAGGAUCACGGUUACUACAUUUUUGGGCAGUAACCGCUACUACCUAGAUUUUACUAGUUAACGAGAAAGGUAGUAACCGCUACUAAUUGCGUUUGUAACAGCGAGGGUAGUAACGGUUACUAACCACACUUACUAACAGGUUAGUAACAUAUGUGACAAGUAUAUCAGCGCUGUGUCUGUUUCCUUCCUGUGUCCCCGUCGUUUUUCGCGCUGUGUGUUUCACCGGGCUUUCUCACAGCACCCUUCGGACACACUGCGCCGACUUGCGGCGCGGCCGCCAGUAAUAAUAAUAAUAGUAAUUGUUGGGGUUUAACGUUCCAAAACAACGAUAUGGUUAUGAGGGACGCCGUUGUGGAGGACUCCGGAAAUUUCGACCACCUAAGGUUC